AUGAAUAUGGAGGGUCUUUUGACAGAAGUGAAGACAGUCAAGCGGGAUCCAGACUCUUUCAUCACCCCUGCUGCCCCCGCUCAAGUCUCAACACAACACCUAGAUCUCGACCACCUAUCAUCCCGUCAUAUCAUAGAUCUACUCAAGUCAAACCCCGAUCGUGAGCAACUGUCUGCCAUCCUAGCAUGGAUUGAUCCUUUCAGCAAGCCCAAAACUCCAAGGGACUUUGAUCUUCGACUUGCAAGUCCCACCACAGCUCAGAUUCUCCAACUGUUAGUCAGCACUACGAUUCCCACCCAUUGGGGAUUGCUUGAUGCCAAAGAGAGCAAGGGGAAAGAUUCGAAAUCUCGAGCAGCAUUAUUGAGAUGUCUGAGCAGCGUUGCUGGAGUUGGCUCCCUGGUAGCCCAGCUGCGGACUCUGAUCAGCAACGCACGCGCCUCCGCCCACCAAGCCCAAGGCUCAAGUAGCCAGCUCGGCAUUCGCGAGCUUUUGGCUGUACUAGCGGCUUUGUUGGAGCCGAGGGACUUCUUGCUCAGACUUUCCUCGGACAUAUCGAAGAUUUAUGAUAACAAGACCAAGCAGCAGGUUGCGUGGCGAGAGCUUGUGUCCCUUGUUGCUGCCGGUAAGACAUUGUCUACAGCGGCUGAAGCUCUUACUGUUCUUGAUGAACCUCCACCAUCUUCGGUCUCAUGGGUCGGUACUGGUUCUCAGUACGCGGUGUGGGUUGGCCGCAAUGUUGCCCAUAUGGCAGUCAAACUCAGCCAGGAUGACGAAAACAGCUGGGGGUCACUGGCUCUUUUCACAGGCAGAGCCUUGAGUCUCGGCUAUACUGAUCAACUGGUCAAAGAGAUCUACACGGGUCUGCUUCUCGAGCACCUCUUGCAUGAGCCUUUUGCCUCAUUACUUAAUCGACUCAAAUCGAUGGAGCAAACUUCUUUCAUUGAAGCGGUCUUCCGCGAUGUUCAGCGAAAGCACUUCUCAGACGAUUUAUCCGGGCCAGUGGGCCACCCAAUGGCUUCAUCGGAGACUAUCAAGGCAGUCGCAGCUCUAUCCUACACUGUCCUCACUUCUCGAUCCAAUUCGGAGGCUCUGGUCAUUGAAUGGCUCUCCAAAUCACAAGGCGGCUCAAUCAGUACUUUGGGAUUACGUCGCGCGCUUUUAGCCGCAUAUAGUAAACGCAGCGAUGUACUCAAGUCGGUCCUCGAUCGCAGUUUGGAAAAUUUUGGAGACAAAUUCUCUAUCAAACAUGUUCCAAUGGUUGUACAAAAUGGUAAGUCCGCCCUUGAUGCCUCGUUUGAAAAAGACCAGAUUCUAAAAGACCUAUCAGCAAAUGCGCAAACGAUUCUUCUUGCUGCCGGUCAUCUCCAUCGAUUGAAAAAACAAAUGGUGCAAGAAUCAGGCCGGUCAAGUGCAUUCUUAAACGCAGUCUCGAACCGACUAGCUGCGUCUUCAAACAGAGCUCGGUUCCUUGGUAUGGUCGUUGGAACGGGAAUGUCCGCCCUCAUCGAAGAACCAGAAAAAGCUCUGAAGUUCGACCUUGAGGAAAUGAGAAGCGAAGAAGCACAGUGGUAUCUGAGUCUGACCAACGUUUCAGAUGAGCUUGGGUCGCUUAGAACAUCCCUGGAAAUGUUGCGAGAGACCCAGUCCAAGAGGCCAGAACAGACACGGCCGAAACUAGCACCGAAACCAAAAGCCCACGCUCAGCGUCAAGGAACAAGCAAGAUUGUUGCAAUUGAAGAAAUAGAGGACAGUGAUGAGGAUGAGGAUGAUGACCUCAUCCCAUAUGAGAAGCCAGACGACGAUGCAUACGAUUCUGAUGACGAUCCCACGUUAAUUCAACGAAACAAACCAACUGCGCCUGUAUACAUCCGCGAUCUGAUCCCAGCCCUUAGAGACACCGAAAAUGUCGAACGGCAUCAUCUUGCCAUUACGACAGCCCCAUCUUUGAUCCGUCGCAAGAUUGGCUUUGGUACCGAACUUGCCGAACAGAUUGAGGAGCUGGCCUUGACAAUCGUUGGUCUUCAAAAUGACAACAACCACCCGACAUUCCAUGAAUCUCGCCUACAGAGUAUGAUCGCAUUGAUUGUGUCCCAACCCUUCAAAAUGGGCCGCUGGUUUACUGCUAUCUACUUUGACGGAGACAUAUCUCAAGUGCAAAGAUCUGCUGUACUUACUGCACUGGGUCUCAGUGCUCGCGAGAUUGCUGGCAACGGAGAGGAUGACACCAAGGCAUUGAAUCUACCUGAUACUGGCGAUACAUCAUUCCCAUCCAAGCGUCUGUCGCCUGCGUUGGAAGCCAUGUAUUCUGACCCCAAAGAGUCCCCAAUUGCAACGCUCACACGCGAAAUGUCCCGCACGUCGUUGCAGCCACUCGCAGCAAACGCAGCAGACGCAAUGACGGGCCCCAAUGCUCUUAAAGUGCGCACCUUCUCGUCGCGCAUGGAAGUUGAAAAGAAACGCCAGCAGCGUGAUACGCAGCGCCAAAAAUCCACAAUAAAGGAUCUGCAUAAAGUACUGGCCGAAGGCUUCUUCUUCCCGAUGCAAGGUCGAUUCGAGAUACUCAUGCUGCAUCUUUCAUCUUCAUCCAACUCUUCAUACAACCCAUUCUUCAUCCCCCAUCUCCUGACCCUAUUCCUCCAAACCCUCACUCUCAUCCUCUCCACAACAGGCCCCAGUAGCCCCUUCCUACCCGGCCUCACUCACGAAGCCCUCUCGCUCCUCCUUUCACUGCACACGGCUUCAGCAUCCAGUGAGCCAACGGUAACCGCCGCUCUACUAUCGUUGUUCCUGGCUGUGGUAGACCUCAAUAUUGCAUCAGGCUCGAAUGGCGAGGAACGUCUUGUGACUGAGUAUGCGACUCGGGUAAUCGAGCUACGCGAGUGGGCCUCUCAAAUUUUCGACAGGACGCCACCCUCUGCUGCAUCGGCCGAUCCAAGAUCCGCCGUCACUGAUCCACAGGAGCAGAUACGUACGCUCUCUGCUGGUGUGAUGGUGCGACUUGGGGAGGUCAUGGAGCGAUACCAAGGCCGAUUGAUGGGUGUGCAUUCUGGAUUUAGCUAUUAA